AUGGCGACGCCCCAGCGAUCGAUCACGAAGUGGGUGCCGCUCAGCCAGAACACCACGCUACCGGGCGGCCGCUCCUUGUUCUGGGACGGACAAGGUCACGACGAGACGACGGCGCAUAUUGGCGUGUGCUUCUCCUGGGGCCCCCUUCUUCCCGUCGCUUCGUUGGACGGCUCACAACACGCCUCGCGCAGCUCUGUCGUCGCCUCUGUACUGACCAGAAUGGCCAGCCAGGCAGGCUUUCGGCUGUAUUCCCUGCUUGCUCCUGGCCAAUGA